AUCACUAAUACACAGUGCAAUCGAGUCGUUAAGCAAGGUUCCCAUCUACGGGUUAAUUUAGCCAAACUAGUUAGCUCUCGGGUCGAAUAUGAUAAGCUUUCUGUUCAUUGUGAAUCGCGCGUUCAGCGGCACCAGCAGCACGUUAAUGUCGCAAGCAGGUUCUGGCCCACGUCCACUUGUGCUCUGCGGACCCUCCGGUUCCGGCAAGAGCACAUUGCUCAAGCGUCUAUUUGCGGAAUUUCCGGACAAAUUUGGCUUCAGCGUGUCGCACACAACGCGCCAUCCACGCGAAGGCGAACAGCAUGGCGUACAUUAUUAUUUCGUGAGUCGUUCGGACAUGGAACGGGCCAUUGCCAAUGAUGAGUUCAUUGAAACGGCCGAAUUUACGGGCAACAUGUACGGCACCAGCAAACAGGCUGUGCGCGACAUACAGAGCCAGGGACGUGUGUGCAUACUGGACAUCGAACAGAAGGGCGUGGAGCAGAUCAAGAAAACCGAUCUCAAUCCCAUACUGAUCUUCAACAAUCCACCGACCAUCGCCGAACUGGAGCGCCGUCUGCUUAAACGCAACAGCGAAACGGCGGAGACGCUGCAGAAACGCCUCAAGGCGGCCGAGAUGGAGAUUGCCUAUGGCCUGACGCCCGGUAACUUUCACAAGAUCAUCAACAAUGUGGACAUCGAUGUCGCCUACAUGGAGUUCCGUGACUUUGUCGUCGAUGAGCUCAAAAAGCAGCAGGCUUUGGGCGUACACUUUAAUUAGCUAAAGCUGCACAGGUGCUCCACGAUUGCUACUCAAAAGGUAUUUGGAUGCCUCUCGAUAAUAUUGACUAAUGGCAUUUAUACUUAUUUGUUCGACUUAAUUUAUUAUAUAUACAUAUAUAAUUUUCCUCUCACUGCUACGUUGUGGAAUCGUUGUCGUCGUCCUCGUCCUCGUUGUUGUUGUUGUUGUUGUUUAAUUAUAGGCAGAAAAUGUGCUGCGGUGCGUGAACAAUAAAGCAAACAGUUCAGACUUUUUGCAA